AUGACAACUACCGCCUCACUACACGCCAAGCUUGACGCCCUCUACGCUGUAUGGCAAACCCUCACCCUCGACUCACCCGCAGCCGAAAUCUCCAAAUUCGCCGACUUCUUCGACGAGAACUGCACCGCAUAUCUACUCAGCAUGCGCGAGCUCGCAACUCCCAUGAUCGGGCGGGCGGGAGUCAUCGAGGGGAUCAAAACCGUUCUUCAAGACACCCAAAUCAAGGAACGGCGAGUCGUAGACCGACUCGGAAGCACCGGCGGCUCUAAGAUCUCAGUGGAGAUGAGCAACCGUCUCGUUGUGCAUGGCAAGGAGAUCGCCGCGUUUCCGGAGACGGCUACGGCGGUUUUUAAUGAUAGGGGGUUGAUUACGGACUUCAAGAUUUACUGCUGUCGAAGCCCCAUUGUGGAAAUUGUUCAGGAUGUAACAGGGGUGGGGCCGUACAGGAGGGAAGAGAAGUGUCAUUAG